GAGGGCGAGAUCUUUAAAUAUGGAACAAGACUCGAGAAGAGCGCGACGCGACUCGAGCAGGUUUACGCGCAACGUGGAGCGUUAUCCGACGGGACAGAGUGAGUUCGCGAGCCUGUUGCGUUAUGACUGCUGGGGUGGCUGAAUGUAUUGUAGUUAGUAGAAGCAGCAGUGAAGUAUCUCUGGCUCCAGAUAAACAGAAGUGAGUCUCUGAAUGUGUUCCUGCUUUUACGCAUCCAGACACGCUGAACUUGGAGCGAAUUCGCACUUGCGCGUAUUUUGAAACUCUUUCUGAAGCCCGGACGCACUUUAACUCAGCGUAAGGGGAAGAAAGAGGGUCUCUGGCACAGGCAACAUGAGCGACAAAAACAAAAUGGAGGAUGAAGCCAUAGUGGACAGAGGAGCGUCUUACAUCAAAAACGUGUGUGACGAGGAGGUCGAGGGUCAUCACACAGUCUACAUUGGCGUUCACGUGCCUAAGAGUUACCGCCGGCGCCGACGACACAGGCGACGAUCCAAUCACAAAGAGAAGAGGGAACGUUUGACGGAAAAUGUGAGCGACAAAUCGGACACAGAGAAUGCAGAUGAUCCCUCCUCCAGCAUCCUCAAACCACUCAUUUCUCCGGCGGCAGAGCGCAUUCGCUUUAUUUUGGGGGAAGAUGACAGCGGCCCACCUCCGCCGCAGCUCUUCACCGAACUCGACGAGCUUCUUGCCGUCGACGGUCAAGAGAUGGAGUGGAAGGAGACAGCCAGAUGGAUAAAGUUUGAGGAGAAGGUGGAGAAGGGUGGAGAACGGUGGAGUAAACCCCAUGUGGCCACUCUGUCCCUUCACUCGCUCUUCCAACUGAAAAACUGUAUCGAGAAAGGAACCAUCAUGCUGGACUUGGAGGCAAACUCACUUCAGCAGAUCGUUGAGAUCAUCACUGACAAUCAGAUUGAGAGCGGGCAGCUAAAGCCCGAACUGAAGGAAAUGGUCAUGUACACUUUGCUCCGGAAACAUCGCCACCAGACCAAGAAGUCCAACCUGCGUUCGCUGGCAGAUAUUGGAAAAAGUGUGUCGAGCGCGAGUCGCCUGUUCAGCAGCCAGGAGAACGCGCGUCCUCUUGAUCACUCUGUGCCUUGCUUUAUCAACUUUGACCCUGACGAGCAAAUUCAGAUGCAGAGAAGCAACAGCAUGGGACUUCUCUGUAGUCCAGCCACGGCGCACCGUAACCUGACCUCUAACAGCCUCAACGAUCUCUCAGACAAGCCUGAGAAAGAUCAGUUGAAUAAUAAGUUCAUGAAGAAAAUUCCUCGGGAUGCGGAGGCGUCAAACGUGCUGGUCGGGGAGGUGGAUUUUCUGGACUCCCCCUUUGUGGCGUUUGUGCGUCUUCAGCAGUCCGUCAUGUUAGGAGGUCUCACAGAGGUUCCUGUUCCCACACGGUUCCUUUUUAUUCUGCUGGGGCCCAAAGGAAAGGCCAAAUCAUACCGUGAGAUCGGACGUGCCAUCGCCACGCUCAUGUCUGAUGAGGUGUUUCAUGACAUAGCAUAUAAAGCGAAAGAUCGUGGCGACCUGCUGGCAGGGAUUGAUGAGUUCCUGGAUGAAGUCAUUGUUCUUCCUCCAGGAGAGUGGGAUCCUGAUAUCAGGAUUGAACCUCCUAAAUCCAUCCCGUCUGCUGAUAAACGUAAAAACAUUAUUGCUGGAGGGGAAGGUUUUCAGAUGAAUGGCGGUCCGCCUCAUGAUGGGAAUACAGGUGGCGGCGGUGGCCAUGCGGUCGGCGACGAACUCAAAAUGACCGGCAAGUUUUGCGGGGGUCUCAUUCUGGAUAUCAAGAGAAAACUACCAUUUUUCGCGAGCGAUUUUUACGACGCUAUCCACAUCCAGUCUCUGUCUGCGAUCCUGUUUAUUUACCUGGGUACCGUAACUAACGCCAUCACCUUCGGAGGGCUUCUGGGAGACGCGACUGAGAACAUGCAGGGCGUGUUGGAGAGUUUCGUCGGGACGGCGUUAGCUGGUGCCGUGUUCUGUCUGUUCGCGGGUCAACCUCUGACCAUCCUGAGCAGCACCGGGCCCGUGCUCGUCUUUGAACGACUGCUCUUUAACUUCAGCAAGGAUAAUGAUUUCGACUAUCUGGAGUUCCGGUUGUGGAUCGGCCUGUGGUCUGGUUUUCUGUGUCUGGUCCUGGUCGCCACAGACGCCAGUUUCCUGGUGCAGUACUUCACCCGCUUUACGGAAGAAGGCUUUUCUGCUCUCAUCAGCUUCAUCUUCAUCUACGACGCCUUUAAGAAAAUGCUCAAACUGGCUCACCAUCAUCCAAUCAACUCAGGCUAUGACUUAGACCUCGUCACGCAGUAUGGAUGCCACUGCACUCCUCCGGACGGCAACAGUUCAGCUCUGUACAUGGAGAAAAUGGAAGCCCUGAUGAACAGCACUGGACAGCAUCAUUUGAACGCGACCUGGGCGUCGCUGACCCGUUCAGAGUGCUUGGAGUGGGGCGGUCAGCUGGUCGGACCAGCAUGUAAAUACGUCCCUGAUAUCACGCUGAUGUCCUUCAUUCUGUUCUUCGGCACGUACACCUGCUCCAUGGGUCUGAAGAAGUUCAAAACCAGCAGAUUUUUCCCAACUACGAUUCGCAAACUGAUCAGUGAUUUUGCCAUUAUUCUCGCCAUUUUUAUCUUCUGUGGUGUGGACGCCCUGGUCGGCGUGGAUACGCCCAAACUAAUAGUGCCAAGUGAAUUCAAGCCGACGAGUCCAAAUCGUGGCUGGUUUGUUCCACCAUUUGGAGGAAACCCUUGGUGGGUUUGCUUGGCGUCGUUCUUACCUGCUCUUCUGGUCACCAUCCUCGUCUUCAUGGACCAGCAGAUCACAGCAGUCAUUGUCAACCGCAAGGAGCACAAGCUCAAGAAGGGAGCUGGGUACCACCUGGACCUGUUCUGGGUCUCCAUUCUCAUGAUUGUGUGUUCGUUCAUGGGACUGCCCUGGUACGUAGCGGCGACCGUCAUCUCCAUCGCCCACAUAGACUCGAUCAAGAUGGAAACUGAGACCUCAGCACCUGGGGAACAGCCCAAAUUCCUUGGAGUCAGAGAGCAGAGAGUCACAGGAACAAUGGUGUUUAUUUUGACGGGCCUGUCGGUUUUCAUGGCCCCCGUUCUGAAGUUCAUUCCUAUGCCCGUCCUGUACGGCGUGUUCCUCUACAUGGGCGUCGCCUCUCUCAAUGGUGUUCAGUUUAUGGAUCGUCUGCAGCUCUUGUUGAUGCCAGCAAAACACCAGCCGGAUCUGAUCUACCUGAGACACGUACCGCUCAGACGGGUUCACUUCUUCACCUUCUUACAGGUGCUCUGUUUGGCCCUCCUGUGGAUUCUGAAGUCAACAGUAGCAGCCAUCAUCUUUCCCGUCAUGAUUCUUGCGUUGGUCGCGGUGAGAAAGGCCAUGGAUUAUGUGUUCUCGCAGCACGAUCUCAGUUACCUGGAUGACGUCAUGCCCGAGAAAGACAAGAAGAAGAAGGAGGAUGAGAAGAAGAAGAAGAAAAAGAAAGGAAGCAUUGACAGUGACAUGAACGACUCGGAUUUUCCUGCCAUUGAGAAUGUUCCCAGCAUAAAGAUCUCCAUGGAGACCAUGGAACAGGAUCCAGUGCUGGGGGAGAAGCCCUCAGACAGAAAUAAGCCCAUGUCCUUCCUCACUCCCUACUGAUGGAAAGCACUUUUUCCCAAGUCAGGAUUUAAACCCUUUUAAGAAGAUGGUGCCUCAGAUCAGAAUCUGGAAUCCAGAUCAGGACUCCGACAACAACAAAUUCUUCUGGAAAACUCCAGCCUCCGAAACGUCCCUUUAAGCACUCCAGAAAACACUUUCAUACAUGCCUGUUUAGGUCCAGAUGAUGGUUUAGUCAUUCAGCUAAACAAAAAAAAUGAAAAACUUUGCUGAAUGUUUCUUUUUAAAGUCCAAACUAAUAGUCAUGUGUCAUUUUAACACUACAACCAAUUGCACAAUCACAGACUCUUUACCAAAGAGACGUUUUGGUAGCAUUAGCCUACUGUUGGAAAGUUGAGGAGAAAGAAGUAUUUUUAACUAUCAAUUUAGUUUUGGGUUCUGGGUCCAGACUGAUUUUUUUGUUCCAAUGAAUUUAGAAUACUUUUUAUAACCAUAAUAUUUUAUUAAACAGAAUGAUGACAUAAUCCUAAUCAUUUAGAAUCCAACUGUAUAAAAUAAAUUUGCAGUUUGAGUUUUUCCUUUGGCCAAAUACCUGCACUUCAUUCAAAUGAGCACAUUAGAUCAAGAAAAAAUGUCAUUGAACAAAUUAGUAUUAGUGAUACUUUGUGUUUUUCGUUUCGAAAACUCAGACCUUUAAGCGUUAUAUUAUGAACCACAAUUGUGGGCGUUAACUAUCCCAAUAAGGGAAACUGCGGUUUUAAUGACACAAUUCGCCUACUUAAAUCUUUCCUGUGCUUAAGAAGACACUUAAAAAGUGGGAAACACUCGAUAUGAAUAUAAUUUCCUAGUUCUACCUCUUAAAAUGGACUGUAGGUGCCAGGCACUUGUUUGAGUGAAGCAUUUCUCUAUGCAGUACGUUACGGAUGUCACGUGACCAGAAGAGUGGCCGCCGCGCGGGAAUGCCUCUUCAACGUUCUUCUGUCUACGAAAUUCCUUCGGCCCUUUUGUGAACUGAAGAUGUUUCUUUCUUCGUAAAUGACGAUCCAUAACAGGGCGGACACUUUCAAUGUGAUUGCGUUCGAUGUAUUUACUAUGAAGCAGUUGAUUUAUGGUGAUUUUAUUAUCUGGAUAUUUUUAUUGUACUUUUUUUUUUUUUUUAAAGAAGUAAUGCUGUAGAUAGAGACAUCUUUUAUACUGAGAUGAGAGGUGUACGGACUUAAUAAUGAGAUUUAAUGUGGAACAGCUGCACCAAAGUGACAGCAAUACGCAAAUUUCUUUGUUUUUGUGUGUGUAUGAGAACUUAAAUGCUGCCAUUAAGACAGAUCAUUUUCUCUUACGUUCAGCACGAGGAUAUUUCAGUCAGCAAAUCCGGUGUAGAAUGUUUUUUGACAACUAUAUCGUUAAAACUUGAAUAUAGAGACACAAGUCAGUGUUUGUACAUAGAUCAGUUUAUCAUCAUCAUUAUCUCAUCAUCAAUAAUGUCUUCCAUUUCUUUUGAUUGUUUCAAACUGCCUGUGCAUUUUCAAGGACUGAACUGUUUUAGCGAGAUGCAUAUGCAAGAUGACGAUUUCAUAAAUCAUUUCUUUUAGAUGCACCGCUGUUUUUAUUUUAAACCUGUUGAGAUGUAUUUAUUGUCCUUCUGUUCUCUUCUGGAAGCUGUCUUACUUUCUGAUUAUAACGAUGACGCUACAGGCAAUAAUGAGAUUAACAGUUGAUCACUGUUCUUGUAAAAGGGAAUCACCCUGUAGCACUGUGAGGCGAUGGGCAAAUUAAAGCAAUUAUUAAAACUCA